UGGAGUGGUGAAAUGCAAGCUUGGUUGAUGACCAAGGGACUGUGGAGGCUCAUCUCUGGCGCUGAAAAGUGUCCUGGGACUGACGCUGAAGCAAUAGAGAAAUGGGAGUUGAGAGCUGAAAAGGCUGCUGGUGCAUUAUAUCUCAAUGUCACCAAAGAGCAGCGCAUCCAUCUUGAUGGCAUCAUUGAUGAUCCUGUCAAGAUCUGGGAGAAACUGGCAAUUGUGCACGUCUCUAAGAAGCCUGGGACGAGAUUUAAUGCCUAUGACGACUUCUUCUCUAUCAGAAAGAAGGAGGACGAGUCCCUGCAGUCUCUCAUGACCAGAAUUGACGAAGGCAUGCAUCAGAUUCAAAAUCUUCGUCCUACUGGCUUCUCAUUGUCUGAAUUGGACGAUGAAUUGACAUGCAUGGCCAUGAUUAGGGCGCUUCCUGAUCAAUAUGCCCACUUCACUU